UCCAACCCCGUUGCUCACCCAUCACCAGCCGUCAGCGCCAUCGUGCGUCUGAGCAUUAGUGCCACGCCACAGAGCGCAUGCACUCAACGUCCGCUUGAACGUUGCCCCUCACGUUGCCCCUCCGAGCCAGAUCGAAAUGAAGCGCCGCCUCGAGAUCGUCCAUUUUGCCGUCGUCGAUGAUCGAGCAUCGGAAUGUCGAAAUCUGUCCUGAGCGCCAGGCGCACGCGAGUGCAGAAGAUAUGCACCCUUUGGACGCAUGAUGACAACUUCUCGAGAGACGACGUCGUUUUCAGCGGGGACAAAUUCCCAGAGCUUCCAGCAACGCCCGGGUCCUUGAUCCAGGUCGUGGCGUUCAAAUAUGGUACCGCAGUCCGAGACUUUCAAUCUUCCGCAAAAGCCCCGCCGAAGGAUGCCAGCCAAGUUAAAGCCGAUGACUCUACCCGAACCGCAACCCCGGAACCUCACUCUAGGAGGAGUCGCCGAGGAUCCGUGAAGAUUACUCUUGAUGAGAACGGUUCAGUCAUUCAAGAAGGGCGUGAAGUGGACCUCGAAAAGUCAUACGUCUUCGUUGCAAAGCCUUUCCCUGCCGAGCUGAAGGCCAAGUAUCCCCAGUUGCAAGUCUCGAUUGCUGAGAAAAUCGCCAAAGUGUUCGGUCUGCGAAAUCGCAUGCAGGUCGUAGUAACUCUGGCUGAUGAAGAACAACAUUCGGCUUCUCAUGUGGAGGUUACCUUCCGCGAUGAGUAUCUCGCACGAGCCGACAUGUGGCGCAUGUCAGUAGCCGAACUCAGCAAUCGUACGGUCUACCGCGGCCAGAAGCUGCUGUUCAUGGGCACCAUAAAAGCGACAGUGAAGAAUGUAUACAUCAAUGGGCAGUCCACGCAUUCCGGUUAUUUUUCUUCUAUGACUAAGCCCGUCUUCCGCAGCGAGUCUGCGCGCUACGUGCUUUUCAUCCAGAUGUCUAAAGAGAUGUGGGAUUUCGAUGCCGAAGGCGCCGGAGAAAUUAUGUUCAGUAAGGUCGUGAAUGGCUUCCUACCCGAUCUCUUCAAGCGGUGGAUGAAAAUCAGCGCACGACACGUUGUGACCAUUAUCCUGUUCACCCGGGUGCAGUACGAUGAAGGAUCUUCGCUGGAUUAUCCCCACGAGACGACAAGUAGCGGGGACUUCGAUAGCCGGUCGGGCCGCUUUAGGGACUAUUACCGCGUGGUUGUCAGUGACAUGGCGAGCGGCGACUGGAUCAACAUCCUGUACCAGCUGAAGAAGGAAUUCAGGGCUUUUCUUCGGGACGUCUCCUUAGUUCCCAAAUCAGAAAGCCAGCCCUCGAGAACUGAGGACAAAGAUCCGGAGAAGUGUGAACCGGAUCUCGUCAUUGCUGGGAAACCGUCUACCGCAGCCCAGGGCAACAUUUUGGAGGCAAUCAACCUCGCCGCAGCUCAGUUUGCCAAGGACUAUAUCGAUCGCGACUUGGUACGAACAGGAAUCUCGGUUGUCGUCGUUACUGCUGGCACCGGUGUCUUUGAAGUCGACUACAACAUGCUCAAGUUGACCACGGAUACGCUCAUAGGAUCGGGAAUAGGCAUUGAUCUCGUGUGCCUGUCACCGAUGCCGCUGCACUCCGUCCCUCUAUUCAAAUACCGCAGCCCUCGAGUGGUAUCGAGCAUGAAAGGCACGUGCUCCGAUAGCCAGGCAAAGCGCGGUUCUAUGGAAGCUUUCGAUGAGCACGAUGAGAAAACGCCCCGGCAACACCAGCCUAUCUUUGGCUCCGUGGUGCGCGCAUCUCCGGCGCUACCUCCGCCGAUCUUUUUAGAGGGUCCUUUGAUCGCGGCUAAGGACGAAUCAGAGUGGAGGUACGCAAUGCCGCAUUGGGUCGAUGUUUCCUUUUGGUCAGGUCCUUCUGAGGAGAUCAUCGAGCUUCUGAAACCAAAGAAACCAGAGAAGAUCGUCAAGAAGACUCAGAAGAAGGGCGGCACUUUUGCACUCAGGUGCCGCAUGUACGAGCUUCAGAUGAUGGGUGUUAUGGAAAACGAGAUUGGCGACAUAUCGAUCCCGUAUCUGGAAGAGGAUCCGCUCUAUCCCCAACGCCUUCGCGAGGAACUAAUAAUUUCGGCAAGGAAGAUCGUUGACAGAUGUCGAACGAUGGGAAGUAUGGCGACCACAAACGGCUCCUACCCAUCGAAGGACGAGAAGGACAGCACAGACGAGUCACUAGAUCAGAGUAAAACACUCUAUCGAGCUUGGAUGGAGGCUUAUGACGACAGCGUAUUCGCUCCAUUGAUGGAUAUAGGCUCGCGUACCGACAGCCAUCAGCUCGGUCGGCAGGCAUCAAACAUGCAGACACAAAACCAACCACCGGAGCAUCUGGCAAAAGGCUCAUUUUUAUCCUCCUCUUUUCGAAGCGUGGGCCCGUCCUUUGGCAAGACCGCUCGACCGCCGCCCGAGGCAACCUUUCACCAGUUGAUGCGGGAGAGGUCAAAGGAAGUGGAAAACCAGUCUCCGCGGGGAGGCGAUGUCCAAAUGCCCCAAUACACGGGGCCAGGCGUGCCUCGAGCAGAUGUGCUAGCAAGGCAAAUGGCGAUGAAGAAGUCAAACAAUCUCCAGCGGCCGAGUCCGCAUCGGAGAGCUGACUCUGGGGAUUCAAAUGAUCCGCAUCGGUCCGUACAUUCAACCCCGCGCGAUUCACCAGCCGUAAGCAGAGGGAAUACACCACCGAAAGAUAGCAGAUUGCCGCCCCUUCCGACCUCUCUCACUGCAACGCCUGCAAAGGUGGAUAGCAAAAGCCGGCCCGCGGGCUGGUUUCUCAGACAAAUCAGCUUUGGAGGAAAAGGCGGAGUAACCGCCAAGCCGACGAUUGGUGAAGCGACAAUCGAUAUUACUCAAGGCAGGGUGAAACCGGCGAAGCUAACGGUAGAGAACAAUCAACAAGGAGCAAUUGCUGCAAAGCUGGCGAGCACUAGGGUCACCUCAAUUGAGAAGCCGUCACAACCGAUCAAUAUUAGAAGUGCUUGUCGAGCUGGUGCUUCAUCGGCGGACUCCCCUACGUCAGAUCGUGCUGGCCGAUCAGUGGAAACUGUGAAAGGCCCAUCCUCUGUCAAGACCACGAUUCCUUCGCAGUCUGGUUCAGUCGCAAAGGAUCCCGGAUCAACUUUCUUGCUUGCAGGCUCGCGAGCAUUAGGAGAGUCCAUCGGUCCCAAAAUCGAUAUGCUUUCAUCAAGUGGCGGCGGAAAGGAAGUUCGACGGACCCUCUCCCCUACUAGCGCUAUUGCACCUUGGGCGGUGUUAGUGAACCCAUGCAAUCCUAGAAAGAACACGAUCAACGUUGCGAAUCAGUUCCGACGGUGGCAACAUGUCUUCCCAAAGCAACUGAGAACAUCAUCGGUUAAAUGGAAGUCCCUGUGCUCGCCAGCGGCGGUUCCUCUGACGAACGAGUACUUUCCCACCGCCGCACAGCUUGCCACAGAGUAUAACGAGAGCCCGUAUAAGAUCACCCAGAACGACGAUGAAGACAUGGUAGAAGCACCUAAGUCGCGGGAAUCUCUGAUCCGGGAGCUCAUCGCAUUCAGAUUGUCACACGGGUUUCAAAUCAUCGUUGGCUCUUCUGUGGCAGAAUUUUCUGGCUGCCGCGAGCAUGAUCUGUCCAACAUCUUCCACACAGAGUACAUGUCUCAUGAUGGUGACAGCGUAUUCAUGAGCGUGGGUAGUACCAUCCAUCAACUCGUCUGCGUCGCGGGAGGCGAGGUGGAAGUGAAGCGGUACAGUCGGAAGCCUAUGACAGCAUUGCAGUGGUCAGCCGGGAUUGACACGCCAUUCCCCUAUAAGCCCUACAUUCGGACGGCUUUAGAGAAAAGUUAUUCAUCACGAGAUGUUAUCCUUCGACCACUGCGGAAAGAGUACAACUGGAACUUCAUCGACACAUUCCUGGCUGGCUAUCAUGAUGAGUUCUCGGAAAUUCUACGCUUUUGGAGGGCACGGUUCGUCCUUAUUCCAGUGGAUAUACCGACAGUCAACCGUCGGCCCUUGCCCAUGUUGACCGAAGAUUCCGAAGAGGAGAUCCGGCUGGAGGGUAUCAGGAAGCUAACGCAGAUAUGGCAGAAGUACUGUUACAUUCCGCCAGAGGAGCGCCACUUCCAGGCUACCACAAGCAAGAAGCAGAAAGAUCCUAAUCCUCUCGCCAUUGAGUAUCAUACGCGCGAUCCCUCUGCCAUUGUGGCUGCCGGUACGGAUAGUGCUUUACUUAACGACACGGAAAGCGAGUUUCAGACCUCGCUAUUCUCCGAAACAGAGCAAUACAAUACAUCCAACAUCGACAUCAAGAAGCUUGCCGAAGACUUACAAGGCGAGAAGGGAAUCCCGAUGCUAGACCGACGAUGGCAUUGGCGACUGCACUACAACUGUUUCAUUGGCUUUGACUUGACUAGCUGGCUACUUUCGAACUUCAAGGACAUCGAGACACGUGAUGAGGCGGUCGACCUUGGGAACCAGCUCAUGAACAAGGGCCUUUUCCAACACGUUCAGAAGCGCCACGCAUUCCGCGACGGGAACUUCUUCUAUCAGAUCGCUGCUGAGUACAGGGCACCCCGACCAGAGUCUCGCACGGGCUGGUUUGGCAUGCGAAGAACUGACCGUUCCGUGCCCUCAACACCCCUAUCAGAAGGACCGCGAACGUCGCCUCUUGCCUCACGGGGUAGCAGAUCUCGCCCUAGCACCAGCGACUCAUCGAGUACAUCCGGCUCCGAGAAAGAUGGGGAGAAGACACCCACGCGCGCAGGGACACCCAAGCGGAAGGUUUUGCUGUCUCGGGUGAUGCGCUACGACGUCGACCCUCGCAAGCGCUCCUACCGCCCAGAAAUCAUCUCGCUGCACUAUGAUCGCUUGCAUAACCCGGAUAACUGCUACCACAUUCGCAUCGACUGGAUGAAUGUCACCGCUAAGUUGAUUGAAGACGCAAUCGUCUCCUGGGCCACCAACGUGGAGAAGUACGGGUUGAAGCUCGUCGAAGUACCCAUUGCUGAAGCAUCCAACAUCAUCGAUCACCAUCCUUUCCGCUCACCCUACAUUAUCAAACUCGCUGUUCAGCCUCCGCAGGCUCAACCCGAGGCCGUCUGGGACGCCUCGCAUUUCUCCCCUCAAUUCGCCAAAACCGACAAAUUCGCCUACCACAAGGCCUUACUCCGAAAGCUAAACUUCAUCCUGGACAUGGAAUCCGCCGCCUCCUUCCCCGCCGACGUCGAAGUGACGUACUCCUGGGGCAGUCCAGACUACAAAUACACGCAGUUCAUCCACCGCUCCGGCACGCUGCUCGCCCAAAUCACCUCCGAAGGCAACUUCCUCCUCCUCGCGAACCGCCUCGCGCAUAAUCGCGCAAAGGACACGACACGCUUCCGUCCCACAGAUCCCUACGACCACAAACGCCCCACAACAGACAAGCAGCCCACCACGCCCGCCGUCGAGCGCGCAAAUCCACACCGCUCGCCUUUCUCUUCCCCGCUCGCCCGCCCCGUCCAAGACUCCUCCCUCCUGCACUCUGCGCUCAGCGAUAAGCCUUCCACCGCUGUCACACCCACUCCAACACCAGGCCCCCUUACGUCGCAGCAACUCGGCCCCACCGACGGCAAAACCCCCGAAGCCAUAAAAGACGAACUCGAAGCCUUCUGCUCCUCCGCCUCGCUCCUGUCGGCCUUCUACGCCGAAGCCUUCAAGCAAACGCCCUCGCCCUCGCCGCGCAUAACACCCGUGCUGGACAGCAAUAUCCCUAGUUUGGGCCUGCCGCCCGCGAUUAGCAUCCAGGGGGCGAGUCCGGGGAGCAGUGGUGGUUGGAGCUUAAGCGGCGGGUUAAUGGGGAGUGGAAUUGCGGGAAGGAGGCAGGGGAGUGAGGGCAGUGGGAGUGGGAGUCAGGGUAGUGGGGGAAGGAGGGGGAGUGUUGUUCCUGGGGAAGUAGUAGGGGUGCCUAAGAGGCAGGAUAGUACGGGGAGUGCGGGGACGGGGAGUUGAUGUUGAGUUGGAAUUGGUGGGGGAAUGGUUGAAAUAUCAUGGCGUUUCAGGCAUUGAGAUUUCUUCAACUGUCUAGAUUGCUUGCUUGGUACACGUUGACUCCCCGAUUAGUUAGUUUAGUUACUUUCUAUUAAUGUAAGGUAGGAUCUCCACGCGCGAAGCGGAGAUAUACUUUAAUUUGAUUCAGUUCAAUUGC